AUGUGUUCAUUGAACUACAGCAGCAGAAUUACUGAUUGCUUCAUGUACUCGGUUCCGCCAGGAAUACCUAUAGUUUCGGCGAAAUUCACGAUGAGACGACGGAGAAGGCGGAGAUCGCCUAUGCUCAGCGCAGCACUGUAUGAACUUUGGCGAGGAGGCACGAAAGGUCUUCUCGGUCGAGGGACUAUUGAUGGUGAAGACAUGGAUGAAAUCACAGAUAUCCGAGUAGAAGUCAUUCGAAAUGCUGCGCACUGGUUCAAUGGUGAAGCGAUUUCUGAUGCCGCAGUCGACCGAUGGGUAAAGGUGGAAGUGCUUUCAAACGGACACCCAUCCUCCUAUUUUGAUUUUUUUGACGAAGCACCAGAGUUGGAUCUUGUCUAUCAUGAAGGUCCACCCAAGACAAAAUGUGAUCCAUCGGUCGAAUGCUGCCUUGUUCAACACUAUGUGAACUUCACUGAGAUCGGUUGA